AUGAUUGUUAGCGAGCUUGAAGCCCUCUCCGCCUGUCAUCAAGUUGAAGGCAUGGUCGUCCUCGUUCACAGAUCCCUCAACAUCCCUAUGGAACCCAAGUUCUUCGCUACCAACAAGCCCGUCAACCAGCAUCUACAAAUCCACUAUCACGCUGAGCUCAACAAGUUCACGGGCACGAUGGAGAGUGCGAUGAUUGGCAACAACCAUCCCUGGAACAGCAGCAACAACAACUACAAGCAAAAACAAAAGUUUGCAAAGACAAGGUUUUGCUCCAGGCUCAGUCAGGCACUCAUUGAUGCAACAGCCAAGAUGUCUGCUGUUAUGGAGUAUGCCCAAUAUGAGAGCCUUGUUAUUGGGCAGUUCAAUGUGAAACUGGUUGGGUGGGAGCACAACAAGUGGGGUAACCCCGGCGGCCUCAAAGGUGGCCUGAUCCCACUUAUGAAGCUCGCUGACGUUGUAGAAUCUGGUCAGUGCCAUUUUGUACCCAUCUCUGACAAGGAGGUGGAAGAACGUUGCCAACACAUCAAGGCUGGCGAGGUCCUCACCCUGGAUAAGGAGCCUCCAUAUCCCCUUCCUCCUGCCAAUCCUGCUCUUGCCAACAGCAAUGCUGCAUCCAGUGUGCUAGCCUUGGAAGGCUCUCCUUUGCUGGCAGACGUUGUCUCCCUCAGGCACCCCCUUUCUUCCCCACCCCCCAGUGGCUCUUCCACAUCAUCUGGUUCUCCCUCAACUCCUGAGGAGACUCAGCCGAUGCCAGAGCACAGCAUUCCUCCUGCUGUUGCGGCCAUCUUUGCACAAAUACGGGGACGAUUGCCGCCCUCAUCUGAUGCCCCACCCCCGCCUCCAGAGUCGAUGUUGCUGCCUUCUGUUGACAACCCCAUGGAGUGUGUCAGCCAGCCUGACACAUUGACUGCGCCUCCGGCAAAGGCCCAGACUGCCUCAGUCCCUGUUGUGCCUAUUGCAACAGAGUCCAAGCCACUUGUCCGGGGAGGCAACUGCAAGUGCCUGGCUAAGCCCUCAGCCAAUGCCUUGGCCAAUAAACAUCCCUGGCAUAGUGGUCCUUGCAAUGCAAAGGCAGGGCAGAAGUCUGCAGAGACCAUGUCUUCGGAUGUAGAUAAUUAG